GGAGCUGGCAGCCAUUACUGUUUUACAUCAGUUUUGGUGCCGUUGACAAGCCCUGGACUUGUAGGUCUUAAUCAUGGACCCCAGUGCCCAGGACGUGGUGCGAUGCGACCUGUGUGAGACCGCUGUGGUACAGAUGCACUGUGAUACAUGUCUUGUCAACCUGUGUAAGGCCUGCGUUGGAGAACACUUCUCUGCUGAUCUCUCAAAACCUCAUAAAAUUGUGGACUUCAAAGAUAGAAAAUCCACUCCCCUCUAUCCUGGAUGUAAAACUCAUGACAAAGAACGAUGUAAAAUGUACUGUGAUCAAUGUGACAUUCCUGUCUGCCAUAAGUGCAUAUCAUCUGGUCAACAUCUAGGCCAUAAAGUAUCAGAAAUCUUAAAAGUUGUGGAUGGAAAAAGGAAUAAAUUCAUGAAAGAGCAGACUGAAUUAAAUGAGACAAUUUACCCCACCUACCAGGACAUUGCCUCUGAUGUACAAAACAGAAUGAUCCAGUUUGAAAAGAACUAUUACAAAUAUGGAGAUCUCUCAACAGCCAUAACAAAACAUGGAGAGGACUGGCACAGAGAAAUUGACAAACUUGUCAAUAAACUUAAAGCUGAAGUUGAUGUGAUGAAAAACACACAGUUACAAACUCUACAGAAACAUCUGGAUGAAAUAAACAAGACAAUGUCUGACAUCAAGGAUGAAAUCAAUUCAAUGGAAACUGCAAUAGACACCAAUGAAUUGUCAAAACUAUUUAGUGUCAUGUCUAAUGUACACACAUACAGAAAUCUUCCAGACAAAAUUUUAGCACCUUUACCCAAAUUCAUUCCAGGAAAAAUGAAAGGGGAAGAACUAAGUAAACUGUUUGGAGCCUUAUCAUCAAGUUCUUUAACAUCAGAUAAACAUGGUUACAGCAUGAAGACAACACAGAAAUCACCAGAAGCUGGAUCCUCUCCUCCGGUCAAACAACUGCUUGAUGAACCAGAGACUGUCACCACCAUAGACACUGGGUAUAAACAAUUUUACAAUAUGGCCUGUCUGAAUGAUGAAGAAAUCUGGACAAGUGGAGGUGACAACACCAUGAAACUCUACAGCAUCAAUCAGGGAUCACUACUCAAGUCCAUCAAAACCAAGUCAGGGUACAUAUCAUCUAACAUAGCAGUGACAAAAAGUGGAGAUCUAGUUUAUACUGAUUACUUUUAUAGAACUGUGAACAUUGUGAAGAAUGAGAAGAUAGAGGAGUUGAUCAGACUACAGAACUGGAUACCUAAAGGUGUCUGUAGUACCUCCUCUGGGGACCUCCUGGUUAUCAUGGUCAGUGAUGAUUGCAAACAAACAAAAGUUGUCUGUUACUCUGGCUCCACAGAAAAACAAACCAUUCAGUUUGAUGAUAAACGUAAACCUCUCUACUCUAAUUCUAGUUCUUGUAUUCUAAGAUACAUAACUGAGAACAAGAACCUGGAUAUCUGUGUGUCUGAUGAGAGAGCUGGAGCAGUAGUGGUGGUCAAUCAGGCCGGGAAACUGAGAUUCAGAUACACUGGACAUACUCCUGCUCCAAUGAACAAAGCAUUCAAUCCACGAGGAAUCACCACAGACAGUCAGAGUCACAUCCUUACAGCUGAUUUUAACAAUCACUGUGUCCACAUCAUAGACCAGGAUGGACAGUUCCUCCGUUACAUAGACUGUGAACUGAGUAGACCCUGGGGACUGUGUACAGAUACAAAUGACAAUUUGUUUGUUGUUCAGUGGGGAAACAGACAAGUGAAGAAAAUCAAAUAUCUGCAGUGAAAGUCAAGAUUAUAUGAAAAAAACUUUCCUCUUCAAAAUUAGCUAGUUUCUCUUUAUGCUUAAAUUGGCCAUGUAGAUAAACAAAUUUAUUAACUUACACACUAUGUCCAAUUCUCAGCCUCAUAAUAAAGUAGAGAUCUAAUGCUUUCAAUUUUUAUGUAAAAGAUACCUCUAAAGAGUCCAAGUUCUCAAAAACAGAUUGUGUGAAGUUGAAAUGUUCUUGAAUUUUGCAGAAAAAAAUGCAUUUGAGAUCCUUCAACAAAGAAAUAAUAUAUGAGCACACCCCUCAAUCCAAAAAAUAAAAUGUUUCAUAAUCUAGACAAGCAGUUCUUUCAAAAUAUACAUGUAUUUACACAUUUUGAAUCGGCAGGUCGUGCUGUACAUGAAGUAUUGAAAAAUGAAAAUAAUGAAGCAUUUCAUUACAUAGCAAUGCAUGAACUAGCAAGAAAAUUACAUCAUUUUUAUUGUAGACAUGCAGUCACCAAGGGUUUAAGUUAUAUUUAUUUUGUUGUCAACUAAAACUAUAUGUACUCAAUUUUUAAGAAAUUUACAGGGCUUCAAAUGGCCCAAAGUGGCCCUUGCUUUUUUUCAUCAUUUCAGUCCAUUGUCUAAACUUUAUCCAUCUUUUAUCUGUAUAUAACGACUGAUGUAUGAUAUGACUGUUACAUGUAUAUAUUAUGACUGUUAUAUGAAAUGGGGUACCAAGCUUCUUCAAUGUUAAUCUUAGUUUGAAUAUAAAAAAUAAGGAAU